UUCUUUUCCCCUAGUCAGCUCACCCUCCCCAUGGACUCGACGCGAAUAUAAACGCUGUCUUUUCUGUCGAUCGCUGCUUCGAAACUCUCUCUCUUCCAUCGCGACCGUCGCCGUAAAUCUGAGCUGCCUUUCGAAUCCGAAGUAUUGAUUCUGAGGUAAUUGCUAAGAAAAGCACAUUAACAUGGAAGAGCAGAGGGUUGAAGCACUGGUAUCAGAAGGAAGCCUAGAUGGAUCUGGUAUUUCGUCCUCUGGCUCAGAUUAUGUGUUCCGGGUGAGGAAUUUGUUAUUUCGUCGAAUGCUGGUGGGGAUAAAAGACGGCCGGUUUUUCUUGGGUGCAUUCCACUGCAUUGACAAGCAAGGGAACAUUAUUCUUCAAGAUGCAGUUGAGUAUCGCAGCACCCGACGCUCUUCUCCUUCUCCAAUGGAACAGCGUUGCCUGGGUUUAAUUCUCAUACCUUCAUCUUGCCGUACCUCUUGCCAUGUGGAUUGCUUUAUAGAAGAACAAUUGUCGCUGCUUUCACUAAAUCAAUAGAGACCAGUUUAUAUGGAAACAGAGGUGCUUGUGUUUGUAGAUAGGGGAGAACAGGAGUUGUUGCUCACUGUAGUUUAGCAAAAACAAGCGUAGAUGUAACUGUUUUUUGAAGAAGGCAUGAUGGUGGAACUCUAUUGAAGGCAGAGGUUUCACAGUUGCUCUGCUCCUGCUCCCUUUUCCUUAUAGGGUAGGCGUAGGUGAACGGACUUGGUGAAAUAUGGCCUGGACAUUCUAUUGUCAAAAUGAGGGGGAAAAUGUCCAUUUGGUUUGACUUUGAUGAAUGCAUUUGCUUUACCUCUCAAAUGAGGGGAAAAAUGUCAUGGUUUCCUACUGAUUUUGUUGAGAAAGAGGAUUUCUUUUUGCUUUCA